ACAGGAAGGAUGUGUGUGUGUGUGUGUGUUACAGUAUGCAGGCCCUGGGAAGCAACAGAUAGGACUGCAGCUCCUGUUUCACCUGGUCCCUGUGUGCUAUGUGAUACUCUGUGUGUGUGUGUGUGUGGAACAGGACCCAGGGUAGCUCACACACACACGCAGCCACUGGGACAGAGAGCAACGUGAAGUCAACCCACAAGUAACAAGCAGUGAAGCAUCAAGAUCAGAGAACCCAGCAUUCUAGAGGGUUCUGCUGAGGGAGCAGCAUGGUUCUCCAGACUGAGAGCAGACACUGACUUCCAGACGAGUUCAUUUCCUUCCCAGACGCCCUGGUGAACCCUAAUCCUGGUGAAUCUGGUUAAUAAUUCAGAGAUGAAGACGAUGGUUCUGGUGUUGUGGAUCAGCUUGCUACUGCACGUUUCCCAUGGUGCUCAGGGGCGGUAUGCUCUGAAGCUGCUGAAUGACCUGAUGGAGAACUACUCCAACGCUCUCCGACCGGUGGAAGACACGGACAAGACCCUGAACGUCACGCUGCAGAUCACCCUGUCCCAGAUCAAGGACAUGGAUGAGAGGAACCAGGUUUUGACCACCUACCUGUGGAUAAGGCAGAUCUGGCACGAUGCCUACCUGAAGUGGGACAAGGAGGACUAUGACGGUCUGGAGGUCAUACGCAUUCCCAGCGGGCUGGUCUGGAGACCAGACAUCGUCCUCUACAACAAGGCAGAUGAGGAGAAUGCAGAUGCAGCAGAGACCAACGUGGUUCUGCGGUACAACGGUGAGAUCACUUGGGACCAGCCAGCCAUCACCAAGAGCUCCUGCGUGGUGGACGUGUCCUUCUUCCCCUUCGACUGGCAGCAGUGUAACCUCACCUUCGGGUCCUGGACCUACAACGGCAACCAGGUGGACAUCGCCAUGGGGAUGGCCAGCGGAGACCUGUCUGACUUUGUGGAGAACGUGGAGUGGGAGUGUCACGGGAUGCCGGCCGUCAGGAACGUGAUCAUGUACGGCUGCUGCUCUGACCCCUACCCUGACAUCACCUACACACUGCUGCUGAAGCGACGCUCCUCUUUCUACAUCUUCAACCUGCUGCUGCCCUGCUUCCUCAUCUCCUUCCUGGCCCCGCUCGGGUUCUACCUGCCUGCUGACUCGGGGGAGAAGGUGUCUCUGGGUGUCACCGUGCUGCUGGCCCUCACAGUCUUCCAGCUGAUGGUGGCUGAGAGCAUGCCACCCUCGGAGAGUGUGCCCUACAUAGGGAAGUACUACAUCGCUACCAUGACGAUGAUCACGGCCUCCACGUCCCUGACUAUCUUCAUCAUGAACAUCCACUUCUGUGGUGCGGAGGCCAAGCCGGUCCCUCGCUGGGCCAAAGUGCUGAUCAUCGACUACAUGUCUCGGCUCUUCUUCGUGUACGAGGUGGGCGAGAACUGCACCACCCCGGAGAGCGAGCGCACGUCCCUCUACGAGCAGGAGCCCAUGGGCAUCGGGGGUUACCAGGACGACAACGACUGUUUCCCUGACAACCCCUACCACGACAGUCACAACGGUCACCACGCCCACCACCACCAGAAUCACCCCCAUCAUGACAGCAACAGGCAUUACUACAGCAACGGUCCCCAGGCCAACGGCCACCACGCCAACGGACACCAGACCAACGGUCGUCAGGCCAACGGACACCCGCCCAACCAUCACUACGGCCCUCACCACGCCUCCAGGGGGGAGGGGGGGGAGCCGAGGAGGGAGACCUCCAAAAGGUACCACCACAUCGGGCAUGAGGAGCUAGACUACCAGGCACCUCCUCCAGGAGGGCUGAAGGAGCCGCUGCCAUACCCCACAGAGAAGCUCUUCCUGCCAGCAUGCCCCUGCAACUGCCCCAGUCCCAACCACCAGCAGGUGGUCAAGAACAUCCAGUACAUAGCAAACUGUUUCCGGGAGCAACGGGCAACUUGCGCCAAGGGGGCUGAGUGGAAGAAGGUUGCCAAGGUGAUGGACCGCUUCUUCAUGUGGAUCUUCUUCAUCAUGGUCUUCCUCAUGAGCAUCCUCAUCAUCGGCAAGGCAACCUGACCUUCAAGGAGGGGGGAGGAAGGGGUUGGGAGGAGAGGGGGUGGAACAGAGGGGGUAUACCUGUGGACUGUUUGUGAUGCUCCCAAAGUUUCACUGACAUCAGAGUCCUAGUUGUGCCUUCACACACACGCCUUCACAUUUAUCACCUGCGGGCUUCAUCCUUCUCUGGAAACUUAGCAGAGCUUUGACGCCAGGUGCAGGUGUCUGUUCUUCUGUGACAUCAGAGAGGACUCUGCUUCCACUUCCUGUAAACUGAGUCAUGUGAUGGUUGUAAACUGUACUGUCUUUUCCACAUGAUCAUGUAUAAUAAUACAGGCUACAGUAGCCUAGUAAUAAUGGCUA